AUGAAAAUAAUAUUAUUCCACCGUCACGGUGCCCGUCUUCCCGCUGUUGAAGACUAUUAUCCCGAAGAUUGGACUUCAGAUAGGGUUCGUGGUGAUUUAACAAAUAAAGGUAUACAACAAUUAUUAAAAGUUGGAAAAACUAUAAGACGUAAAUACGUUGAUGAGAUGAAAUUCUUACCUAAAGUAUACGAUCCGCUCAUAUACAAAGUAAAAAUAGCACAAUUAUCUCGUUGUAUGUUAAGUUUAUUAUCCAUGUUGAACGGUUUAUACCCUGAUAUAUAUUAAAGAGAGCACUAAACCCACUAAACAUUAUUAAACCCAAAAAAAAAGUUAAAUUUUUCCACAAAUCUAAAAGAUCAUGAAGAAAGAGAUUUAAUUUUUAGAGCCUAAAGUUCUAAAAACUGCUAAAUAAUAUCCAAAAUAUACCACAGAAGAAAAAACGAGGAUAAAUUCGAAUAAAUAUACAAUUUCUUUAUAUAACAUCCAGUAAUGAAUUCCACAUUAACAAAAUUAUAACAUUAUAGGGAAAAAAGAAACGGAAAAUCAUUAAAUCAUUAAAUUAUUUCACUUGGAACAGAAAAAAUACCACCUUUAUCUGCCACUUUGUUUAUUGAAUUAUGGGAAAAAAGCCAUUUACCGCAUUUACCGCCUGAUAAUAGGUUCUUUGUAAAAUUUUAUUAUGGGAAAAAAGAACUGGAAAUUAUGGCCUGUAGAAAUAGAAGAAGAUGUACGUGGAAAGAAUUUAAGAUUUUAUUUAAAACUAGAAUAAAACCUAAUCUUGAAGUAUUUUGUGAUUAAACUUAAGAUUGA